AUGGUAGACGACCUACUCGCGUUCCUCGGUGAUGCCGACCAAGCCAGCGCCAAGGACCUGCGCCUCACCCGCGACAACGUCAAUGCCUUGAUCAUGGACAUGUUGUUUGGCAGGCCGGAUAAUGUCGACUUCACCAUUGAGUGGGCAAUGACAGAGAUGAUUCAUUGCCCUAACAUCCUUCUGCAGCUGCAUCGGGAGCUCGCAAACAUUGUGGGGUUUGAGCGGAUGGUCGACGAAUCGGAUCUUCCCAAGCUCCCCUUCCUUAACUGUGUCAUCAAGGAGACGCUUCGGAUGCACCCGCCGAUCCCGGUUAUCCUCCGCGGGACCACCAAAGAUUGUGUCCUUGGUGGAUACUCGGUGCCCAGGGCCUCUCGCGUAUUCAUCAACACGUGGGCAAUCAACCGAGACGGCGAGGCAUGGAAGGACCCUGACACUUUCCGGCCAUCCAGGUUCAUGCUCAACGGGGAUGCCCUCGGGCUAGAUCUCAAGGGCGGUUGCUAUGAGUUCUUGUCAUUUGGUUCUGGAACACGCUCAUGCCCGGGGCAAGGGCUCAGCCAGCAUGGGGUGGAGUUUGCCGUAGCACAGCUCGUGCACGGGUUUAACUGGAAGCUACCCGAUGACAUGAAUCCAAUGCAGCUUGACAUGGGCGACACGAUCGGUUCGACCGUGUCGCGCGCCACACGGCUCUGCGCGGUGCCCACACCCUGCCUCAGAUGUCCUUUGUAA